UUGUGCCGGUAUACAAGGCAGUUCAGGUAUAAUUGUGUCUGUCCAUGGCCAUCUGCAGUCGUCAACAACGGACCUCUCAGUUGUGUGAGAUCACUGAUGCGGUAUUCCACAGUAGCUACGUGUUGAUGACAUGUGCAUUUACGACACCAACAUGAGCGCAAACGGCAGGUAUUUGAUGUUGGAUAAGAUUCUCCAUGCGCUUGUCAUCAACUUCACAGGUGGCUGCCAGACGCUGACUGUUGACAGUCGCGCUUUCUCCGUCAAGCCAUUUGCUCCUUCAGCCUGAACUAUGCUUACCACCGGCCAUCCAGCUCAGUCCCUUGAAAUUCUGCCGGCCCAUAGGCGCGAGAUUGUGUGCUAAAAGGUCGCCUGGUCACGACUUGGUGCGAGAUUUCUCCGCUCGGUGUAUGCUCCUGGUCGAGGAUUAAUAAUGACUUCACAAGUUUAGCGACAUCCUGGCUUUCUAUUGCCGGAGGUUUCGGACAUGCUAGACACUUGAGCAAAUGGGCCGAAGAGCCCGCACCCUCCCCGUGUGUGAAAUACUGUCACGCCCUUUCUCCUUAACGACCAGCAGGGCAACGACGAGCUGUAUAAAGGCACAGUCAUAUCUCGUGUCGGUAAACCUAGCGCAGAAAGUGUAUGAGACGAUGUAUCUCG